ACCUGGAAGGUGCUUUGCUGGCUGUGGCACAGUGCGUGCGAAACGAGCCUGCGUGCUUUGCUGAAAGGCUGUGUAAACCCACGAAGGGUGGGACCCUACAGGUGCUGGCCAUCAGACCCCCUGCCCCAAAGCGUCCGGCUGCCAGCAGUGGAUGAUGAGCUCGGUGCUCUCUAUCUGGAUGAUCGCCUGGAUCCACAUUUCAUGCCUGUGCCUGAGGGACAACCCAGAGGCCCUGCUGGCGAAUCAGCAGAACGGGAUCCUGUCCGUGAGCCUGAGGGGAAUGCUGGAGAUGUGAGUGGAGGAGGUGAUCCAGCUUCCCCUCUGAGCUCCGAGACCGAAAGCCGGGCGGAUGGCAUGGGUCUGGAAAGGGGAAAGGAUGAAUCGGAAAGAGGAAAAUUCUCUGAGGAGUCUUACCAUCCAAAAGAACUGCUGAGGGGAACGGAAGUGGCAGUUCAUGGGAGGAAUGCAGGGAAGCAGCAAAGGAUGCAGGGAAGCACAAAGGCUGCUGCUGGCAGAUCUGUGCGGCAGCGCCACGUGGCAGUGGUGGUGCUGUUCUCAGCUGUGCUGCUGUCUGCGCUGGUGCUGGCCUGCGUUGCUGUGUCAUGGCCGUGGAAAAAAUGCCUUGUGUGCAAGGGGGGAGAGAGAGCAGCAGAACGAGCUCAUCCUGACACCGACUGGGAGGGAGUUCCAAGUGGAGAUGAAGGGAGAGCGGAGCUGGGAGAGGCAACGAGCGAGAUCCUUGCCCAAGCAAACAAUCUCAGCAAUAGUUCCAGUCCGUUCCGUUCUGCCAUCCCAGAGGCCAAAGAUCUUCAAACUCAUCUUAAAGACCUGGAACGUGAACUCCAAGCCAUGAAAGAGGUCCAUGGGGACAGUGGUGAGUGCUGCUUUCUGUCAGAGGACGGCCUUGAAAGUGAGAGCAGAGGAUCAGCGGCAGAGUGUUUGUCCUUCACCCUCCGUUCCCCGGGACGAGUAUUACCAGUAGUUCGAAGGUUCUUAGCUCGCCACAGCUACGAUCCUUUUGAGGGUCCCAAUGAGGACCCAGAAAGCGAGCUUCCUCUAACCGCCGGGCAGCACGUUUAUGUCUUUGGAGAUGUGGAUGAGGACGGCUGGUUUCUGGGAGAGCUGACGGAUGGCACGAGAGGGCUGGUCCCUUCCAGCCUGGUGACAGAGGUUUCAGAUAAUGAGCUGGACACAACGAUGCCUCCAGAGCUCUGUGAUCUCCUGCUGGAUACGGAUGAUUGUGUCGAUGCAAAGAGUCCAUAAUGCAGCAACAUCCUGUCGCAAUUCUUGCCUCACUCCAUCUGCAAGACGACCCCCUGCUCCACUUGACGUUCGAGUGAAGUGUGAGCAGGAUGUGGAUGAGCUCCUCCUGGUUCGAUCUGAGAUGACUGGCAGUGCGACUGCAUGCUGUUAUUGUAUAUUAAAAAAUAUUUAAAAAACUAA